AUGCCCAGUUCUGAUCAAACUGGUGAAUUAUCAGCGCGAAAUGAGAAAAAAGUCAUACCACCUGUAUCAUUAGUUCAUGUUCCAUCAAAUUCAUUUUAUGCUUGUACUGAUGGUCAGUUUAGUUUAUGUGGUACACUAGUUAGUAGUAGUAAUACCAGUCUGAUUAUAAUAUCAAAUAAUACAUUAUCUCGUCCAGAUAUUGAUACGAAAACUUGCGGUAAACAACAAAAUUAUCUUCUAAUGGCGUCACGUAUUCAUACAAUGCUUACUAAAUUAUUCGGUACACCCCAAUAUCGCGGGUUAAUUAUAGGCCUCGAUGCAUCGGGUAAAACAGCAAUUAUUUACAGAUUAAAAUUGAAUGAAGUUAUUCAAACAAUUCCCACAAUUGGUUUCAAUGUAGAAACAGUGAUAUAUGAAAAUACUGCUUUGACAAUGUGGGAUGUGGGAGGAUGCGAUAAAAUUCGUCCCUUAAUCCGACACUAUUUUCAAAACACACAAGCACUUAUCUUUGUUGUUGACUCACAAGAUAACGUUCGAUUGGGAGAGGCAACAGACGAAUUGUGGCGUAUGUUGGGGGAAGAUGAAUUAAUUCAAAUACCCAUACUAUUCUACUUGAAUAAAGUUGAUAUACAUAAUGGAUUAAAACAAGAAUAUGUUAUCAAAGAAAUGAGGCUGAAUGAUAUUAGAAAUAGACAAUGGUUUUUACAACCAUGUUCCGCUCUUACGGGUGAUGGCUUGUAUGAAGGUUUACAUUGGUUGAUACGUGCAGUAAAAUCUCCACUUACUUCUCAGUCUAGACACACAAACAUAGAAUCAAGUGCUUCCACAACUGCAAGAGAAAACAGCCAUGAUGAAAAUAAGUCGUUACAAUGGUUAUCUCAAGAAGACGAUGACACAAACGAAGAAUUUGUUGAAAAAUUUAAAAAACAUCAAUUAUCUGUUGA